AUGGCCCACCAGCACCUGCAACCGGCCCUGUACCCCCUGCCCCACCCUUACCACUGGAUGACCAUCGGCUCCCAGGAAGACCUGGACGCCGCCAGCCUGGAAGACGUCAAGGAAUUCUUCCAGCGCUUCUACGGCCCGUCCAAUGCCAGCCUCGCCAUCGCCGGUGACUUCCGCGCCGAGGAGGCGCUGGAUCUGGUGAACCGCUACUUUGGCGACCUGCCGCGUGUCGACAUCGAGAUGCGCGACAAGGUAACCCUGCCCCGCCUCUACAUCGCCUGGCCCGCGCCGACCGAGGGCCACCCCGACGACGCGCCGCUGGAACUGUACCAGGCGGUGAUGUCCGACGGACUCAGCUCGCGCCUGCAUCGCUCGCUGGUCUACGAAAAGCAGAUCGCCCAGCACUCCUUCAUCCGCUACGUGCCGUCGGAAAUCGCAGGGCAGCUAUUGGUCCAGCUUGCCCGCAUCGGCGGCUUCGGCGGGCGCGCCGACCAGCUCAACCACUUCAACGUGAUCGAGUCCGACCCCAACCUGAUUAACACCAGCCUCGACCGAUGCCUCGCCGUUCGGCCCGAAGACAUCCUGCGCGUGGCCGAGACCUACGUUUCCGGCAACCAGGUACGGUUGCGAGUGCUCCCCGAGACACAGCUCUCCGCCGCAGCCACUACCGUCGACCGGAAUAUCAUGCCGCCGCCCACGGACGAGCCGGUCUUUACGCCGCCGCUGCCCAUUCGCGGCGGCCUUCCCAACGGCAUGGGCGUUACCGUUGUCGAGCAGCGUGGCAUGCCCAUCGUCGCUUUCGGAGUGCUGCUGGGUUCCGGGGCCUCCGCAUACCCAGCUGACCUGCCUGGCCUCGCCGGAUUGGUCGGUGACAUGCUCCCUGAGGGGGCAGCCGGAAAGUCCAGCCAGCAGAUCGCCAAUGACUUUGAGUUCAUUGGCGCCCGCCUGUCCGUUGACAGCCGUCGCGAAUACUCGUUGCUAUCCACAGAGACACUCACCAAGCACUGGGGCAGUGCGCUGGAAAUGAUGGCCGAGGUUAUCCUCUCGCCCGACUUUCCUCAGCACGAACUGGACCGGCUGCGCCGGGAACACCUUACCGACCUUCACCGCAGCAAAGACGAGCCCAACGCCAUCGCCGAACGCCUGCUCGCCGGCCUGAUUUACCCCACAAGCAGUGGAUAUGCCCAUCCAGUAUCCGGUACCGAAGCGUCAAUCCAGGCCAUCUCCCGCGAUAACCUGGUAGACCAGUUCCGCCGAAGCUACCGACCGGAGAACGCACACUUCCUGGUGGUGGGCGACAUCGAUCGGGAGGAGGUGAUGCGCCGCGCUGCCGCCGCAUUCGGCACAUGGAACGCCUAUGCCUCAGGGUCAGCGCCUGCCGACUGGAACGAACUGUCCGACAACCAUGCCACGAUCUACCUAGUUGACCGGCCCGGCGCACCCCAGUCUGUGAUCCGCGCCGUGGAAUCCCUCGUGCCGCGCCUACAUCCCGAUUACUUCCCGCUGCUGCUGGCCAACUACUCCUUCGGCGUACAAUUCUCGGCCCGCCUCAACCAGAACCUGCGCCAGGACAAGGGUUACAGCUACGGUUACAUGUCCUCCAUCCAGUGGCAACGCCGCCAGUCCAUGCUGGUGGCCGGCGGCUCCGUCCAGAGCAAUGCAACCAAGGAGUCAGUCUACGAAACGCUCAAGGAGUUCCGCGAGGUUAGCGGCGAGCGGCCCAUCACCGCCGAGGAACUGUCCAACGCCAAAGACGGCCUGCUCCGCGCCUACCCCGCCAGCUUCGAGCGCCCCGCCUCGGUCUUGGGGCAACUGCUCGCCAUGGAGCAGUUCGGCCUCCCCGACGACUACUUCCGCAGCGUCCGUCCAUCAAUUGAGGCAAUUACCCUGGAAGACGUGCAUCGCGUGGCCCAGGGUCACAUCCGACCCGGUAACCUGCAGAUCCUGGUCGUCGGCGACCGCGCCAGCACUCAGGGCCUACUGUCGGAACUCGGCCUGCCGCUCGUCCACCUCACCGAGGACGGUGAGACGACCAGCUGA